UUUCUUAAUUUUGGGUUUUAUUGCAUUUUUGUGACCUAUACAUUUUCUUUAUAAAUUGGUUUCUAGGUUUAACUUAAAUUAAGCACCUUUUGAUAGUUGAGUCAAUUAGCUCAAGCUCAAGGUCUUCGUUUCCUUGGGUUUUGGUUGCUUCAAUGCCUAAAUUGUUUCUUACAUACACAUUACUGGAGUGCUUCCAAUAGUUAAACCUUUUCUUUCUAUGGAGCUACAUUUUAUGCUCUUAACUAGCAUAUUUCUUCCUUCUUUCAUUUCACUUGUUGCAGAUGCGUGGAUUUAUGCUCAUGAAGAGGUUGAAGGUGGAGAAGUUGGUGAUAAUGUUGAUGAUGUUAAUUUUAAUGGUGAAGAGAGAUUCUAAUGGUAAAGUUAGUGGGAAAAGGGGGAUAGUUUUCAAUUUGUGGGGCGAAGACAAGUUUGAAGAUGCCAUCAAAUUUUCUUUCUAUGAACCUACCAAAAAUUGUUAUGGAAAGAAACUUCAGUUGAUAGCAGAGAAGCACAAAUAGUGAAAGAACCCUUCAAUGCCUUCACCUCUUCCUCUUGAACCAGUUGCUCUCAACUAUGUUUGUGAUGAUGCAAUUCAUGAUAUCUCUUGCUACAGUUACUAGACCCACUAAGAAUGUUCAAAUUAUCUUGGGAAUUGCAAAGCAAAGAUAGGGGGAUUGGUCAUGGAAGUUGAAUUUAAUCAGCAGUAGGAGGUAUAUCAAGGAGAUUGAAUUGACACAUGUAGACUUUUACAAUUUUCACUCAUGUUUUCUUUGGAACAUACGGCACAGGAAGUGAAGCAAAAUAGAGGCUUUAGCAAGAGGUAACUUGCAUUUGAUGUUAUGUUUUGUUGAUUACUCAUCAUAUCCACGUAGUGGUCUGUUUCUGUUGCCUUUGAUGGUCUAUUAGCCUUUCAUUCAUGCCAUGACAGUCUAGAAUUUUUUAUUUUUUGUUUUGCAGAUCGACCACCAUUUGCCUCAGUUGUUCAUAAUGAUAUACUGAUUUAUCUAGAAAAGUUGAUGUACAUUACCUUUUCAUCAUUCUUAGGAUUGGUUUAGUGCUUUUUCUGGAAUGUCACAGCUGCUACUGUAGCAUACAUCAAAGGGGAUGGAUGGAGGCCAGGCGGUAAUGAGACUGCUUCGGUGAAUACCUAUCCAAUCCAAGAAGCAUCAUACUGGGGAAUUGGAUCUGGUCUUGCCAUCAUGGAGAUAGUUUGCAACAUCUUACAAAAACGAAAGAUCAACCACCAUAGUUUUGAAAUUGUCAGAAAAUUAGAAAGAUGCUCAUAUCUGUUUAUGGUGAAUGGAAGGGCAAACUCUUGACAAGGAAUAGAGAUCUUAUCUUGAAAAUUUUAUUGAUUGUUUUCACUGGUGCUUACUUACCGGGACUAAAUGAUACGUGGAAUGAUAUUUUGUAUGCAUAUUUGUUGAACGGUUGUGAAAAUCUUGGUGAUCUGAACUCCUUGGAAAUUAAGAAGGCUUGCAACCAUCCAAAUCUGCCGCCCCUCGUAAUUUGUUAGGCCUAGUUAAUUUGGUUAAUUUGCGUCAAACUUCAAUUUUUUCUUCAAAAGCCUAAAGGUGCAUCAUCUUCGAUCUUGGUUUUUUUAAUUAGUUCUCUUUAAAGUAUAUACAAACACAAUGAAAACAUCAAAGUUUU